AAAUUCUCGACCCCGCUACCAGUUUCAAACUCCAACUCUUCACACCUCCUUUCAUCUUGAUUUUCUUCUGUCCUUGCUGAACUUCGCAAUCUGGGUUGUUGCAAUUCAGAUUCUCUCGUUCAGAAGUCCAUCAGGAAUGGUUAAAAUGGCUGCUUCUUCUUCUUCUCCAUCUUCGUCUCCGGUGACGAUAACGGUCUCUUCCUCCGGCACCGGCCAAGCCGUCGGCUUAACAAGCCCGAUCCGGCGCUUCUCGGUCUCGAACAAUCCGAAUUCGCCUGUAAGUAACAGUCGACUGAGGGGUUCAAGCGGCGGCAACCGCCGCGCCUCUAGUGGCGGACGAUACGUUUCGAUGUCAAAGGACGGCGCGGAGGAGUGCCUCGCGUACACAGUUCACAUCCCUCCAACGCCGGACCGCCGCGCCGUGUCGGAGUCACAGAGCAGCUUUAUUGAUGGCAGGACGAGCACCGGAGAACACCCUUUGGGGUGUUACAUUAAGGACACUAUUUACACGGGCGGAUUCAAUUCGCUGACUCGCGCCCACGUGAUCGAGAACUCCGUGGACGAGCCCAAGGGGGUGAAGUCCGAACUGAUUUGUGGAAUGAAGGGUUGUGAUGAGAAAGCUCAGGACGGUCAGUGUGAGUGUGGGUUCAAAAUCUGCCAAGAUUGUUACUUGGAGUGCAUUGGAAAUGGCCAAGGCUAUUGUCCCGGUUGCAAAGAGCCUUACAAAGAUGUCAGCGACGAUGAAUUUAGUGAACCCGGUCCGCUGCCAAGAACAGGAAAAGGAGGGGUCAAAGUGGAGAAGAACUUUUCUCUGGUUCAAUCUUUCAAGGCCCCAAAUCAUGAUUUUGACCAUACCCGGUGGCUUUUUGAGACCAAGGGCACGUAUGGUUAUGGGAAUGCAGUGUGGCCCAAAGAUGGAUACGAAAUCGGGCGAGGGACUGACCGGGCUGACAACCCUCCAGAAUUCAAUGAGAGAAGAAACAGACCAUUGACCAGGAAGGUUGGGGUCUCUGCUGCAAUUCUUAGUCCUUACAGAUUGCUCAUGUUUGCUCGUCUUGCUGCGCUUGCUUGCUUUCUGACAUGGAGAAUUUCAAAUCCUAAUCGUGAAGCAAUGUGGCUGUGGAUUAUGUCUGUGGUUUGUGAGUCCUGGUUUGCACUGUCAUGGGUUCUAGAUCAGUUCCCAAAGCUUUGCCCUGUGAACAGAGUAACCGACCUCUCUGUUCUGAAAGAGCGUUUCGAACCAUCUGCCCUAAAUCUUCGCAACCCCAAAGGACUCUCUGAUCUCCCGGGAGUUGAUGUGUUUGUUUCAACAGCUGAUCCAGAAAAGGAGCCGCCUCUUGUGACAGCCAACACUGUUCUUUCAAUCCUUGCGGUUGAUUAUCCUGUGGAGAAACUGGCCUGUUAUGUAUCAGAUGAUGGAGGGUCUCUCGUGACAUUUGAAGCCCUCGCCGAGGCAGCAAGCUUUGCAAGGAUUUGGGUUCCUUUCUGUAGAAAACACAAGAUAGAACCCAGAAAUCCAGAGACUUACUUUGGGCUGAAGCGUGAUCCUCUCAAGAACAAAGUGCGCCUUGAUUUUGUAAGGGAGAGGAGGCGAGUGAAGAGAGAAUACGAUGAAUUCAAGGUGAGGAUAAAUGCAUUGCCUGAGUCAAUAAGACGAAGAUCAGACGCGUAUAAUGCCCAAGCUGAACUAAGGGGGAAGAAGAAAAUGGUGGAGGUGGGGGAAAAUUCUCUUAAUCCUGUUAAGGUCCCAAAGGCUACUUGGAUGUCUGAUGCAUCUCAUUGGCCCGGAACUUGGUCAUCAGCUGAAGAAGGCCAUUCUAGAGGAGACCAUGAGGGAAUAAUCCAGAUCAUGCUAGUUCCCCCGAAUCCAGAUCCCAUUUAUGGGACAGAAGCCGAUGGGGAGAACUUGAUCAACACAACUGAUGUUGACACAAGAUUGCCAAUGCUGGUUUACGUGUCUCGUGAGAAGCGGCCUGGUUUUGAUCACAACAAGAAAGCUGGAGCCAUGAAUGCGCUUGUCCGAACCAGUGCAAUCAUGUCAAAUGGCUCGUUCAUUCUCAAUCUUGACUGUGAUCACUAUAUCUAUAAUUCCUUGGCUCUGAGGGAAGGAAUGUGUUUCAUGCUUGAUCGGGGCGGUGACAAGAUCUGUUAUGUCCAGUUCCCGCAGAGGUUUGAGGGGAUUGAUCCAAAUGAUCGGUAUGCAAACCACAACACUGUGUUCUUUGAUGUGAGCAUGAGAGCCCUUGAUGGAUUGCAGGGUCCAAUGUAUGUUGGGACAGGCUGCGUUUUCAGGAGGAUUGCUCUCUAUGGGUUUAGUCCUCCCAGAGCCACGGAACAUAGAGGGUGGUUUGGUGGAAGAAAGAUCAAAUUUUCAUUGAGAAGGCGCAAGGCGGCGAAGAAUGGAGAGGAUGAUGACAUGAUUUUGCCAAUGAAAGAGGACCAAGAUGAUGGCGAUGAGUUCACCAAAGCCCUGAUUCCCCAUCGCUUUGGAAACUCUACUUCUCUUAUUGAUUCUAUUGCAGUAGCUGAAUUUGGGGGAAGGCUGCUCCAUGAGCUGAGGGGAAGAGGUAGCCAGGGCAGGCCAGCCGGUUCUCUUGCCGUGCAGCGCGAGCCCUUGGAUGCCUCGGCUCUAGCAGAAGCAAUCAGUGUCAUUACUUGCUUCUACGAGGAAAAAACCGAGUGGGGCAAAAGGGUGGGAUGGAUUUACGGUUCUGUGACAGAGGAUGUCGUGACCGGUUACCGGAUGCACAACAGAGGAUGGAGAUCAGUCUACUGUGUCACAAAGCCAGAUGCUUUCCGGGGCACAGCUCCAAUAAAUCUGACAGACAGGCUCAAUCAAGUCCUGAGAUGGGCGACUGGAUCGGUUGAGAUCUUCUUCUCCAGGAACAAUGCCCUGUUUGCAACUCGACGGAUGAAGCUCUUACAGAGGGUUGCAUACUUCAAUGUUGGAAUGUACCCUUUCACCUCAAUCUUCCUCCUCACCUACUGCUUCCUGCCUGCCUUUUCCCUCUUCUCGGGAAAGUUCAUAGUCCAAUCCCUCAAUGCAACAUUCCUAGUGUUCUUGCUGGCCAUCACAAUUACCCUGUCAAUGCUGGCAAUCCUGGAGAUUAGAUGGUCUGGAAUCACCCUCCACGACUGGUGGCGCAACGAGCAGUUUUGGCUGAUCGGUGGCACCAGCGCGCAUCUCGCAGCCGUGUUCCAAGGACUACUGAAGGUCAUAGCAGGAGUCGACAUCUCAUUCACACUGACCUCUAAAUCCGCGGCUCCUGAGGAUGGGGAUGACGAGUUUGCAGAGCUGUACCAGUUCAGAUUCACGGUGCUAAUGAUCCCACCUUUAACCAUCAUCUUAGUGAACAUGACAGCCAUCGCGGUGGGCGUGUUCAGGACAUUGUACAGCCCCUUCCCGCAGUGGAGCAAGCUGCUGGGAGGAGUGUUCUUCAGCUUCUGGGUGCUGUCUCAUCUGUACCCAUUUGCAAAGGGGCUGAUGGGGAGGAGGGGGAAGAUCCCCACCAUAGUGUUCCUGUGGUCUACAUUGAUCUGCAUCAUAAUCUCUCUGCUUGCAGUGUACAUAUACCCUCCAUCCGGAAGGCAGGAUUACAUGACCUUUCAGUUCCCUUGAUUUAGAGUUUGGUAGCUCGCUGUUGCAGCCAACAAGAAUGAUUAAUGAAGCUCUCCCCUGCUUCGUUUUCUUUGCUUUUUGUUCACUUCUCCUGUCAGACUUGUACCCUUGCUGUCAUUUCUCUAUAAUACUUCAUCUUUCCUAGAA